GUAUUCAAAGAGUUGCAAUGCAUUGACAGUGAUCGCAAGUCACUGUAUUGUGUCUUUGCUGGCAUGGCCCAAGAAGAAGCUGAUAGACUCGUGCACACCAGGCUACCAGGAUGGUUUUAUCCAGAAACCGGAAGACCUCUGGAGGAAACAUUUGUAAGGAACCUGAUUGGAGAAAAGUACCAGCAACUUAUUGAUGAACUUUUUAAUGCAUUAAGAGAAGAAAACAGGGAAACACUUGCCUCCUAUCUACUACCGUACAUACGGAAAGUUAAAAAAUGUCUACCACCAGAGAUUGAAGAAAAUUUCUACCCCCUUCCUACAGGCUAUCCGCAUGGCCUGUGCAUUAUCAUAAAUGUUAAAGAUUUCAUGAAACCUAGAGGUGAUCAUGAUAAUAUACCACUGAAUGAACGGCAUGGGUCAGACAUUGACAAACAGCGACUUACAGGCACAUUUAAGUUGUUUGGAUUCCACGUCAUGCAUUUUGACAAUCCCGACUAUGAACAAAUAAACCAGUACUUCAAAAGGCUUCGUGUUGAUGGCCGACUGGCUGUCAUUUCCUGCUUGGUUGUAUGUGUUAUGACUCAUGGAGAUGAACAAGAUCAGAUCUACCUCCAUGAUCGUUCUUGUUUGUCAGUUACUGAUUUUAGGAAACUUUGUUCUAGUCGGGUUCUACUUAACAAACCUAGACUUUUCUUCAUUCAGGCAUGUAGAGGAGAAGAGGCCUUAAAACCAAUAUUUCUACAACAAGAUGGCUCAGUCGUUGCUCAUCAGGAGAGUGACUGCCUCAUUUCACAAGCAACAGUAAGAGGAUACUCUGCAUUUAGAAAUCAGAUGGAGGGAUCUUGGUACAUCACUGACUUGUGUCAAGCCUUACAAGAAUAUGGCCAUAUCCUACCAAUGAAGAAUGUGUUACACAAAACAAGAAAGAAUCUGAAAGAACGUGUUGAAAGGAUGAAUAAUACAUACAUAACUCAGCUUUCAGAGGAAAAGGAUACCUUAACCAGGGACGUUCAGUUGGUAAGAGCAGACUUGGAUCAUUUUACGGAUGGCCUCAUGGAUCUGAUUGAGCUCGAAGUAACAGAGAAACUUCUGGAGGAAAAACUGGAUGAGGCUUUAUGCGACAUAUUUAACCUAAAUGUAAUGGCAGAUAUAAGUCACCAUCUUGGAGCCUUUAGAAUAUAACAAUAAUUUCAGUGACUUAAGGAAAUAUCAUUAAUAGUAUAGUGCUUUCCAAAGGAUCAGAAGUACCCAUGAAUGAAUUUUGUAUAUAUUUUCUGUGGCAGAUCGAGGCUCUCAACCUUAUGUGUAAUAAAUUGCACUACAAAAACAGGUUCAACAAUAUGUGUUUGAUUUAGGCAACAGUGCAAAUUUGUUUUGCUAAAAUUGGUGUCAAAAUGUCUGCUGAAAUGUACAUAUAUUCAUGUAUAUAUUGUGUUUAUACUUUUUUUUUUUUUUUUUUUUUUUUUUUUUUUUUUUUUUUACCUUAUGGAAACCAUAAGACUUAGAUCUUGUAAGUAAAGCUUGUAUAAUGUUUAAAUUACUUAUAUAAAAAUAUCAAAGCUCGUCUACUCCAGAAUGCUUGGAGUGGCUCUGAAUUAUCUUAAGACCCACGUCCUUUGGAACAUCCUGGAUCUGCUACAGUAUACAUUUGAUGUGUGCUCCACCCUUGUUUGUAAAGUACUACAGUCAAGAAUUUUUACUGUCACACUUUGAAGAUGAGGUUAAAAGUGAGGGGGGAGUGUGGGAUAGAAAUGAGAUGCCACACAUGUAAGGUUGAGAACUAUUGUUUCAUACCACACACAGGCAUGCACACCUGCACCUGCUUCUGCUUCCACACCCACAUGCACACUGUAAUAACCCUGAAAUAUGUAUGCUAAUGUUAUUCUAUGUAUCUAUUGUUAUGUUCUAGAUAAUUUAUUAUAAUCUUACAUAUUGUCACAUGCAUACACACACAUAUAUGUAUGCAUUUACGUAUGUUGAUUGCUUUACAUAUGUAUUCAUCUUUCCCCUUCUGCAAGAGUUGUUUAUUGCUGUAACAUGUACUUCUUCAUUAUCAAUUGUCACUUGCUAAAUAUGCAACUUGUAGCUAUCCUUAGACCAUUGAGCAAGAUGACUGGCAGAUUCCCUGUGGGGAGCCAAGGAGCAGCACCUAGCUCCUUGGGGCAGACUCACUCCAUCAUUACUCUUCAAUAAAGGAGUCAAGACAUCUUAGUUGUUUGCCAUAAACUUUAAGCUUGCCAUAUACCAAACUUACAGCUUGCUGUAAAAGUAAAUAAACAAUUGUAAUAGGUAAAGACUUAUCAACUUUCGUAGUAGGUGAAAGGAGUAAUCAUUAGAGGAAACAGACUAGAUGCUAUUAGUAAUCAGUGAAUUUAAUGAGGAGGUUUAGUAUUUAAUGAAAAUAAAGGAAAUAAAAAUUUCAAAACCAA